CGUAAUGUGGUCAAUGGGUUUGAUAAGGCGUACGGCAAUGUCCAGCGCCAUUAGAGCUUCUUCACAAAGGCCAUGGCUUGGUAAUGGUGGGUUAAGAAGCUGCGUCACCGUCAAAACUCCGUCGUCAUCGGAGGAGGAAGAGAAAAAGAAAGAGAUAACUAUAGCGGAAGCGAAGAAGCUAAUGAGGCUUGUGAAUGUUGAAGACAUGAAGAAGAAGCUUGUUGGUAUAGCUGAUAGAGAUGUCGUCCCUUACACUACACUUUUAGAAGCUUCUCAAGGAAUGGGUAUCGCUAGAUCUCCUGAUGAAGCUCAUAUCUUUGCUCGUGUUCUUGACGAUGCGGGCGUUGUCUUGAUCUUUCGAGAUAAAGUCUUUCUUCACCCAGACAAGGUGGUGGAUCUGAUAAGAAGAGCGAUGCCUUUGGAACAGAAUCCAGAGGAAGAUCAAAUUAAGGAAGAAUUCAACAAACUUAGAGUCAUGAAAGAAGAGAUUGAUGUGUUAGCUCAUAGACAAGUGAGGAAGAUUCUUUGGUGUGGUUUAGCUACUUCUAUGGUUCAAAUUGGGCUCUUUUUUAGAUUAACUUUCUGGGAAUUCUCAUGGGAUGUGAUGGAACCAAUCACUUUCUUCGCUACAGCGACUGGGAUCAUUGUGGGUUAUGCUUAUUUCUUGAUGACUUCGAGAGAUCCGACAUAUCAGGAUUUCAUGAAGAGGCUGUUCUUGUCGAGACAGAGGAAGUUGUUGAAAAGUCAUAAGUUUGAUUGUGAGAGGUUUAAGGAAUUGGAGAGGAUUUGUAAAAUGACGUCGUCUUGUCAUGCAGCUGCGUCUAUAAGGAAUCGUGUUGGAUUAGAACUUGAUCUCGAGGAUGCUUUGCAGAGUCGCAGAGAUUGAUUAUUAUGAAAACUUUUAUUUUUCUUGUCCUCUGGUGGUUCAUCAAACUUAAGAAGAAAAUGAUCAGUCUUUACAAAAGUGACAAAGAUUGUUUUCGAUCAUCUCCUUCUGCUUCUUAUACGGUUAUACAUAAGUAACCAUUGACAUUGUUUAUUACAAUGAAGAUAACAGAUUUUA